AUGUUGCAGGCUUCCUUCCAGGCUUGCUCAGGGCGUGUCGCAGGCUUCUUUCCAGGCUUGCUCAGGGCAUGUCGCAGGCUUCCUUCCAGGCUUGCUCAGGGCGUGUCGCAGGCUUCCUUCCAGGCUUGCUCAGGGCGUGUCGCAGGCUUCCUUUCAGAUAAAUUUAACACCUAUGUGACCUUGAAAGUUCAGAAUGUGAAAAGCACAACAGUUGCAGUACGAGGUGAACUACCUUGCUGGGAGCAGGACUUCAUGUUUGAGAUCAGCCAACUGGACUUGGGAUUAAUUGUGGAGGUCUGGAACAAAGGAUUAAUCUGGGACACCAUGGUUGGAACUGUGUGGAUACCGCUGAAGAGCAUUCGUCAGUCUGAUGAAGAAGGACCAGGGGAGUGGGCAACAUUAGAAGCAGAGGUCUUGAUGAAGGAUGAUGAGAUCUGUGGAACGAAUAACCCAACACCUCAUAAGAUUUUGUUGGACACUCGUUUUGAGCUACCAUUUGACAAGCUACCUGAAACAACUCAAAAGCUGCCAUGAAUCCUUACUGUAAAGCUCAACAUCGGAACGUCUAA